AUGUUCCCUACAGACCAAGAGGUCUUAUCAUUCCUUCUAAUGAACAUGAAGGAUUCUGCGGGAGCAUGGGCUCACCCACACCUUGACCAGCUUGGGUCACACCAAGCCAUCAUCCAGACUGUCAAGGUUUUCAAAUUGGAGUUUCUGGCAGCGUUUGGCAACCCUGACGCCACAAGGGCCGCCGAGCGGAAGAUAACCACUCUCACCCAGUCCAGCACAUGCGCGGACUAUAUUACAAAGUUUAGGACCCUAGCUAUGGAACUAGACUGGAAUGACGCGGCCCUCAGAGGCCAGUUUGCCCGCAGCCUCCACUGGGAGCUGCAAAAUGCAGCACUUGUCAUCAACAACGCCCUCCGCAAAGAGCGCGCUAGCCACCCACCAAGGGACAAUAAGUCUAGCAAAACCCAAAACCCUGCAAGGGGGACAAGUACCGGCCAGUCAUCUACUGGUUCAAAGAAACUCUCCAACGACCCUAACUUUGUGUUGGAAGAGGAACAAAAUUGCUGCUGCACUGCUGGCGCCUGCAUCAAAUGCGGCAAAAUGGGCCACAAGUUUGCGGAAUGCUGCACGGGCUGGAAGGCUACCCCUGUUGAGGACAAGGGAAAAGCCAAGGAAACCGCCAAAGUUGGCAAAGACUCCAAGUACCAAUCGGGAAAAGAAAUUGCCCCCCUCUUUACAAUUCCAAUACAGCCAGAGAAAAAAGCGGAAACAUUAGAAGUCCUGAUAGACUCAGGCGCUACCUCAUUGUUCUUACACCCCCACACCGCGGAAUUACUCCGCCUCCCACUUAUCAAUCUCCCCUCACCCCGUACUGUUACUGUGCUUGGUGGGUUGAGCCCCCAGGCAGGAAAAAUCUGGAAGAAGGCAAUACUCACCUUCACCUAUGAUGGCAAAAAGAUGACGGAAACCUUCCUCAUCUGUAAUACUGGCAGUCAUGCAGCCAUCUUAGGUUUGAAAUGGUUAGACGCCCACAACCCGGAAAUAGAUUGGAAUACGCGCACCCUCUCCUUCCCACACACUCCACCAGAACAUGUAGCCAUCGCCGAGGAAGAAGAAGCUGAUCAGAACCCUCUUGAAGGAGUACCCUCCAAAUACCACCAAUAUGCUAAGGUAUUUGGGGAGGAAGAAUUCAACAAGCUUCCACCACACCGGCACUAUGAUAUUGGGAUUGAACUCACAGAAGAGGGCCCCCUGAACUCUCCCCUCUAUAGCAUGACUGACGCCAAAUCCGCCACACUCAAGGAUUGGCUCAGGGAUGAGCUCAAAGUGGGCAAGAUCCGGCCCAGCAAAUCCUCUAUUAGUUCCCCCGUCAUGUUUGUUCCAAAGAAGGAUGGUUCCCGCCGCUUGGUUGUCAACUACCGCCGCCUUAACAACCAGACAAAGAAGAACAUAUACCCAUUACCCUGUCCAGAUGACCUUAUGGCCCAGCUCCAUGGCGCCAAGGUCUUUACCAAACUAGACCUGAGAUGGGGUUACAACAACGUCCAAGUCAAAGAAGGUGACAAAUGGAAGACCGCCUUCCGCACCAAGUACGGCCUCUAUGAGUCCCUGGUCAUGACAUUUGGUUUGACAAACGCCCCUGCCGCCUUUCAGCACUUCAUGAACAAAUUGUUCAAGGAUCUCCUGGAUGUAUGCGUCAUCAUUUACCUUGAUGACAUCCUAAUCUACUCUAAGGAGGAUGCAAUACACACCCAGCACGUUCAUGAAGUCCUACGGCGUUUAAUGGAAAACCAAUUAUUUUGUAAGGCGUCCAAGUGUACAUUCCACGUCACCUCAGUGGAAUAUCUAGGAAUAAUUGUAUUGGAUAAGGGAUUCAGCCUGGAUAAGCUCAAAAUCCAGGCGGUCCAAGAAUGGCCUACACCCACUAAAGUCAAAGAAGUACAAUUGUUCCUAGGGUUUGCUAACUUCCUACGCCGCUUUGUUGCCAAUUUUGGCCACAUGGCCAGGCCGUUACACAACCUGGUCAAAAAGGACAUACCAUGGAAAUGGGAUACUAGGGAACAAGAAGCAUUUCAAGGGUUAAAAGACGCCAUUACCAACGCACCAGUACUAUGCCACGCAGAUCCAUCCAAGCCCUACUUCCCGGAAACAGAUGCCUCAGGAGCAGCACUAGGUUCCAUACUCAGCCAACAACAGGAAGACGGCCGUCUCCAUCCGCUAGGCUUCCUAUCUGAGUCAUUCAAGGGUGCCAAGCAGAACUAUGACACCCAUGACAAGGAACUUUUAGCUAUCAUCCGCUCCUUUGAGUACUGGCGUAUCUUCUUGGAAGGAACCACUCACCCUGUCACCGUAUUCACCGAUCACCGCAACCUGGAGUACUGGAAGGAGUCUCAAACAUUCAACCGUCGCCACGCCAGAUGGCACCUACUGUUAGCAGGGUAUAACUUCCAAAUUGUUUACCGCCCAGGAAAGCAGUCCGGAAAACCUGAUGCCCUCUCACAACGUGCUGAUCAUGCCAACAUUCCACCCGCCGCUCAGACCAUGCUCCCUGACCCUGUAUUUGCCAACAUGGCCCUAGUGACGCCCAAGAAGGAGCUCCAACGCCAGAUCAAGGCUGCCUUGGACCAGGACAAAUCCCUGGAGGAAAUACUACAAUUCCUCCAAAAUGAGUCAAAGGCCCCACCAUCAAUAAAACGCGCCUUUAAGGAUUACAAAAUGGAAGCAGGCUUGCUAUUUUACCAAGGGAGAAUUGUGGUACCAGACGUUGGAACAUUAAGAACGGACUUACUCUGCAUAUUUCACAACAGCCCUCUAGCUGGCCACCCGGGCAGGCAACAAACCCUAGAACUGGUAUCCAGGAACUACUACUGGCCUGGCAUCCAAGCUGACACAUACUGGCACGUUGAUUCUUGCAAAACAUGCCAACGGAUCCAGAAACCCAAGUACGCAUCUAUUCCGCCUCAACCUCUGGAGCUCCCAUCACGCCCAUGGCAACACGUGUCAUACAACAUGAUAGUAGACCUGCCCAAAGACGGAAAUAGUGACUCUAUCCUGGUCAUUGUGGACAGCUUUACCAAAUACAUGAUCCUGGUAGAAUGUUCCAAGAAGCUCAAAGCCCUGGAGUUGGCAGAUCUAUUCCUGCAACAUGUAUGGAAACGCUACAGCAUGCCUGAGAAGACAGUAUUGGACCGUGGACGGGUUUUUAAUAACAAAUUCCUGAAGGCCCUGUACCAACGCCUGGGAAUAGACCCCCAUUUCUCUUUGGCCUACCAUCCUCAAAGUGACGGACAAACGGAGCGUGUAAAUCCCACAGUUGAACACUUCUUGCGGGCCUACUCAGGGGUAAACCAGAAAGACUGGGUCAAGUGGCUACCAAUGGCAGAAUUUGCCUACAACAACGCAGUACAUAGCUCAACAGGCAAAUCUCCUUUUAAGGCAUUAUACGGUUGGGAACCUUCCCUGACUCUGAGUAAUGUCCCAACAGACGUCCCUGAGGCAGACGAUCUGGCAACCCAAAUGGAAACACAAUGGUGUCACAACUCAGCUCGGACCUAUGGUUCAAGGGGGCUUAAAGUCUGUGGCACUAUCACCAAUGGACUAUGA